AUGGUCUUGCUGAGGAUUGACAGGGCAUCGAACACUGACCAAAAUGGGCUGAACUCUGGCACGGGCAUUCCUUGGGUGCAUCAGAUCCUCAUCCAAUCCCAAGCAGCCCAAACGGCGCCUUAUGGUGCUCAGGGAGCGGAGCAAUUAGAUGCAGCCACUCCAUUGGUGCCUUUAGCCCAGAAAAUCAUCAUAAUCGACGUGGCCAGUGGCACAUGCAACACCAUCAGCAGUCCCUUGAUGCAAGAGUGCAGACUGCCAAGUACAGAGAAGCUUGUUAAGUUGGCUGUGGAGGAGGCUGGUACUGCCAUCUCCAAGUUGCUUGCGAUGGAAGCUGCCCAAUUCGGUUUGGCAACAAUCUGGGGUAUGUCUCUGCAGCAUCAGAUGUUUACCGCUUUCCACUUGGCUUUGCGCAAGGACAUUGCCAAGGUGCUUGGGAUCACCGCUCUCAAAGCCUGGAGAUGGUUCAAAGUGAAGACCUUUGUGAACCCUCCAGGCGCGCAUUCCUCACCUCAAGCACAAAUGCCGCAAGAGGCUCAAUUUAUUGAGCGCGCACAGAUACCGUAA